CGACUCUUCCAAAGGCAAAAAAGAAACACCAUCAAACCCCCGCACUCCCUUUUCAAAACCAUCCCUCUCUCUCCGCCCCUCUCUGGUUUGUCUAAGAACACCGUGUUUAGGGGCGUCGUCAGGAAAUCAAAUACCGAUAUCUCUGCAGCUGCCUGCUGAAUGGAAGCCAUUAGAAAGCAGGCCACGAGGCUUCGAGAGCAGGUUGCUAAGCAACAACAGGCUGUUCUGAAGCAGUUUGGUGCGAGUGGAUAUGGAGGUUCAGACGGUUUAGUUACUGAUGAGGCUGAAUUUCAUCAGCAUCAGAGGCUCGAGAAGCUUUACAUAUCGACUCGUGCUGGCAAGAGAUUUGACAUUCAGCUGUGUUCUAUAGGAACAAAGUUAUCAGAGGAUAGUCGGAAGUAUGGCUCUGAAAAUACUUGUACUAGUGGCAACACAUUGUCAAAGGCUGCGCUCAAUUAUGGGCGUGCUCGUGCUCAGAUGGAGAAGGAGCGUGGGAAUUUGUUGAAAGCUCUUGGUACACAGGUCGCAGAGCCACUUAGGGCGAUGGUAAUGGGAGCUCCUCUGGAAGAUGCCCGACAUCUUGCUCAACGUUAUGACAGAAUGAGACAAGAAACUGAAGCGCAGGCCAUUGAAGUUUCUAAACGGCAGGCAAGAGCAAGGGAAAUGCCAGGUCAUCCUGAGGUUUCCAUGAAAUGGGAAGCUGCAGAGUCGAAGCUUCAAGAUCUCAAGGCUAACAUGGAUAUUCUGGGGAAGGAAGCAACUGCAGCAAUGGCAGCUGUUGAAGCUCAACAACAGAGGUUGACUCUCCAACGGCUUAUAUCUAUGGUUGAAUCAGAAAGAACUUAUCACCAAAGAGUUCUUCAAAUACUCGAUCAGCUCGAAACUGAGAUGAUAUCAGAACGACAAAGGAUUGAAGCACCUCCACCACCCGUCGAGAACAACAACAUGCCCCCACCACCUCCAUACGAAGAAGUCAAUGGCGUUUAUCCCUCUCAAACACAAAAUGGCUCAACAGAUAGUAUGGGAUAUUUCUUAGGGGAGGUUAUGCAUCCUUACAAUGCCGAAACUAGCGUUGAGCUUUCUCUGUCAGUCGGUGACUAUGUUGUCGUCAGAAAGGUGACGAAUAAUGGGUGGGCGGAAGGGGAAUGCAAAGGGAAAGCAGAGGAUCUGGGUGAAGGACGGGAGAUAUUUGGUGAGUUCGGCAGAAUGGGGCAUGUAGUUCGUCCUUUGGAUAAGUUGAGUUGGUUACCUGAACAACAAGCCGGCUGCGGUUUUGGUUUGUGCCAUCCCCCAACAGCAAAGGCUUCAUUGCUCCAUCUGAAUAGUUCCCUGAAGUUUGAUCACAUAAUCCAGCAUCAGCUAUGUGUUCGCCCAAAGGAAUAUCUUAGGGCAGAGAGAAGUUUGACAUCCAGGAUAAUGCAUGAAAGUGCUCUCAUUGAUGAAGUUGAUGACAACGAAUGGGAAUCUGGUUUGGAGCCCAUUGAUCAGAGCUCCACGGAGCAUGAUGAGAUUAGGAAGAAGGAUAUGUCUCUGCAAUCUUCUUCAAGUGAUGGACGGAUAGUUGAGAAUGAACAGGAAACCAAUAACGAAAUCCUUCACAACCUGUGCAGCAGAGGUAGGUUACUCGACGCAGCAAAGCUAAUAGAUACCAUGGCACGGAGAAGCCAGAUUCCAGGGUAUACAUGCUGCACAAACCUAAUAAGAGGUCUUAUUAGAAUGGACCGGAUGGAUAAAGCUGUCAAAGUUCUCAAAAUCAUGGUGUUGUCAGGUGGUGUGCCAGAUGUUAUCACAUACAAUAUGAUGGUUGGUGGGUUUUGUAAGAGAGGGCAUGUGAAUUCUGCUGUCGAUCUUCUGGAUGAUAUGAGCCUGAGUGGUUGUCCUCCUGAUGUAAUUACUUACAACACGAUAAUACGGGCAAUGUUUGAGAGAGGGAAUUUUGAACUAGCUAUCAAGUUUUGGAAAGUGCAAGUAAGGCGGGGUUGCCCUCCAUACUUGAUAACCUACACAGUACUCAUAGAACUUGUCUGCAAGCAUUGUGGGGCUGUUCGGGCUGUGGAGGUAUUGGAAGAUAUGGCAAAUGAAGGCUGCUUUCCUGAUCUGGUUACAUACAACUCAUUAGUCAAUCUCACAUGCAAACAGGGGAAGUUUGAAGAUGCAGCUUUAGUCUUAAGUAACAUUCUAUCACAUGGAAUGGAACCAAAUGCAGUGACUUACAACACACUCAUCCAUUCUCUUUCUAGCUGUGGCUACUGGGAUGAAGCUGAUGAGAUCCUUGCACUUAUGAAAAUAAGUCCUUAUAGUCCUACUGUGGUUACAUACAAUAUCUUAAUCAAUGGUCUCUGCAAAUGUGGUGAUCUUGUUCGAGCCAUUGACUUCUUCAACCAGAUGGUUGACCAAAAUUGUUCGCCCGACAUUAUAACGUAUAACACUCUCUUUGCUGCUUUUUGUAGAGAAGGAAUGGUAGAUGAGGCCCUUGAACUAUUCGGCAUUUUAGAUGGUAGUGACUGUCCACCUGGGUUGAUAACUUACAACACUCUAAUAGACGGACUUGGUCGAAGGGGCUAUGUGGAGAAAGCAUUGGGAUUGUACAGUCGGAUGCUGGAAAAUGGGAUAAAGCCUGAUGGCAUCACCCAUCGUUCUCUAGUUUGGGCGUUUUGCUGGGCGGGUCAAGUUGAGGAAGCAGUAGUGAUAUUGAGGGAGAUGGUGAAAAGGGAUCAUCGUAUCAAUGGUAGUGCUUUCAAAUUAGUGGUCCAAGGAUUAUGCAGAAAGCAACAUGUGGACACGGCAAUUGAAGUUCUGGAGCUUAUGAUCUCUGGGAGAUACAAGCCAGAUGAGGAUGCUUAUUCUGCUGUGAUUAAAGGUGUUGCGGAUUAUGGUAUGAUUAAUGAAGCUGAUGAGUUGCAUAAGAAGCUCAUAGAAAUGGGCAUUUUGAGACAACAGUCCCAUUGAAUCAACAAUGUUGUUAAAAUUUAACUGAUGAUGCUUCGAGAUAGGGAGACAGCCAUAUGUGGAAGUAGUGUUGAAGAUGCAUAGCUGUUAUGCAUCCUUACAAUGCCGAAACUGACUUUGAGCUGUCUCUGUCAGCCGGUGACUGUUGUGGUCAGAGAGGCGACAAGUAAUGGGUGGGCGGGAGGGGAAUGCAAAGGGAGAGCAGGUUGGUUCCCAUUUGGAUAUAUCGAAGGAAGGGAGAGAGUCCUGGCGAGCAAAAUAGCCUGAAGUGGUUUAAAGACUUGAACUUUUCUGUAUUGUCUCAUCUCUUGCUUUUUCCUCUUUGUGAUUUAGGUACCAAAAAUAUUCAUGCCCUCUUGCUAGUAUAUGACAGUCAGUUUAUCCUGUGUAUUUUUUGCAGUAAUAGUUUCAUU